CUGACACACACACAAUACUCAGGAAGAUGACGCUGUCUGCUGCUGAGAAGGCCGCUAUCCUGUCCCUGUGGGGCAAAAUCUCCUCAAAUGUCAGCGCCAUUGGUGCUGAAGCUCUGGACAGGCUAUUUAAUAGCUUCCCUCAGACCAAGACUUACUUUUCCCACUUUGACCUGACUCCUGGCUCUGCUGAUCUCCAAGCCCAUGGUGGGAAGGUCCUGUCUGCUAUUGGUGAAGCUGCCAAACAUCUAGACAAUUUGGAUGAGGCCCUGGCUAAGAUCAGUGACCUGCAUGCUUACAACCUGAGAGUGGACCCUGGAAACUUCCAGCUGCUGUCCCACUGUAUUCAGGUUGUCCUGGCUAGUCACUUCCCAGCGGAGUUUGAUGCUGUAGCCCAGGCCGCGUGGGACAAGUUCCUCUCUGCUGUGUCCACUGUGCUGACCUCCAAGUACAGAUAAACCCAGAGCCUGAGGAAGGUUUAUAGUGACCGGACUGGAUGUUCGAGUGAUAUGACAAUGACAGAUGCCACCAGCUUGUGCUAUAAAAUGUUACUAUAUUAAUAACAAUGUGCACAAUAGCAGAUUAAUAAAAUAUUGUAUAAAA